CGAUUGUAGAAUCUGUCAGCCCUUAGCCCUAGACGUCAAACAGGCAAUGUCAAUGUCAAGCGAACGUGAAAAAAAUAGUAAAAUGUACAUCAACAGAGGUGCCGUCCGUCCGAAAAAUGAUUUUAUAAAAUAAUCGAAUAAAUACUUCGCAGUUUCUCAAAUAUUACACAGUUUGCAUAUAUGUACGAUGUUCAUAAAGACAGAAAUAUUAAAAGCGAUUUCAUUUAGGAAUCCUGUUAAAUUACCUUUUUCGUAUUGGGUGCUAGUUAUAAUCAGAUUUGCACUUACACUUUUGCCGCAGCGCGGUUAUAUACAUCCGGACGAGUUUUUUCAAAAUGUUGAGGUCCUCGCAGGUGAUAUUCUCACAAUUGAUAUUGCAAGAACAUGGGAGUUCAAUCCAAAGUUCCCUAUCAGGAACAUAUUUGUACCUAAAAUGAUACUCGGUCCACCUCUGCAUUUCAUUCGCAUAGCUAACCCUUACACCAGACACUAUUUCGACUUGGACCUCAAAACACCCUACUACUUGUUAGUGAUCCCUCGAAUUUUUAUAUGCUUACUAUCUCUAAUAAAUGACUACUGUUUAUAUAAAAUCUGUGUUCUAUAUGGACAGAAUUUUAGAAACAGAUUAAAGAUUUUUGCUAGUUCAUAUGUAGUGUUUGUGUACUGCUGUCGAAGUUUCUCCAACACAUUUGAAAUGAUAUUCUUCUCCAUGCUGCUCUACCUAGUAGCUGAAUGCAUGCUGAAAUCAGAUAAAGUUAUCUAUCACAAUGAGUUUCUACAAGAGAAGUAUGAGAAAGCGGCCACAGCUGUUGAGAAAGUUAAGAUCUUCAAGCUGUCCACACAUUUGCCUCAGCAUUCUUUAAAUAAAGUCAUUGUCUUAGCUACUGUUGUAGUUAUAGGGAUUUUCAACCGGCCUACGUUUGUAGGUUUUGCAUUCCCGCCAAUAUUUUUCUGGCUUCACCGAGGGCUAGGUUCUAAAGUAGUUGGGUUCAAAGAUUUUCACUAUAGGAUAUUUACGUUUAUUGCGUGUGGCAUUCCGAUCGCUCUGUUGUUGAUACUUGUUGAUUCUGGGUACUAUGGCUAUGUGACAAUGGCGGAUAUAGAAUCGCUGAAGAUUUCGUGGGACAACUGGGUGGUGACGCCGCUGAACUUCCUGCGGUACAACUCGGACAUGCGCAACCUGACGCAGCACGGCCUGCACCCGCGCUGGCUGCACCUGGCCGUCAAUGUACCAUUGUUGUUUAAUGUGCUCGGAGUUCUCGCCAUCGUCACACUCACCGUCAACACUUACAGGUUCAUCCGCGGGCAAUACAGCAAACUACCUCGAAUCCAGAGUAUUACAGGACUUAUGCUUUUCUCAUUGGUUAUACCGAUAGCCGUGUUGUCACUGUUCCCGCAUCAGGAAGCGCGUUUCAUCAUUCCAGUGCUAAUACCUCUGAUAUAUCUGUACGGCAACCACCUACAUGCCAACGAGAGCGACGGACCUAAAGCCAGGAAGUUCAAAACAACGCUGAGGUACACGUGGUACACAUUAAACGCUCUACUCACUCUGUUCUUUGGCUUCGUACACCAAGGUGGCAUAUACCCCUUCUCGAACAGCCUCUACCACGAAAUUAAAAACAACUAUGGGGACCACACACAUGUCAUCACCACUCACAGCUAUAGUAUACCGACGUUUUUACUCCAGUUAGAGAGCACCACCAAGGUUUGGAAGGACAAGAAGACUGGCCACAAAUACAGGCUUGCUCCAACCACUUUCAUACACAAAUAUGGGUCUCUACCGAUCGAUGAACUAUUUGUAAAGGUCGACGACGUUUUAACCAACGCUGAAAUGUUGCUUCAUGACUACAAAAAGAAGUACAGGUUCUAUAUCGCGUCCCCAUGCUCUUUGGAACAAGACAUUCGGUCGGUGGCCGCUAAUUACCCCUACAUUGAACUCAUCGAAGACUUUACAUACUACCCCCACUUUUGUACGGAGGCAUUCCCGAACUUCCCAACGAAACACGAUCAGUUUUGUGUCGAAAAUAAAUUUAUACGAACGAACGAAUCUCGAGCUGUAGAUCUGAAUAUGUUACAAAGAAUCUCAUGCUUUUUUAAAAAGUUCUGCCUUCGCAUUUAUAAGGUAAAACCAGUAACGAAAUAUCGAAUAUAAUUCUCAUUUAUGUCGUCUUCAAAUGAACGAUUCCAUUAAGAAAUAUCUUAGUACAUUUAUCACAUAUGGCAUUAACUAUAGUUUAAGAACCGCCUAAUUAUUAUUAUUUAAUUAAUGCUCAAUUCAAGUUUUAUCAUCAAAGACAUUUAUAAGUAUUUAUUAAACUAGAGAUACGAGAUUACUUCUACACCUUAUUAAACAAUAAUAUAUCAUGAAAAUGUUAUUGGAUAUAUAAAUAUUGAUCUGUCAGUACAGGUUGGCUAAAGUUUUAUGAAACAGGCAACAGAUAUUCACUUUGUACCUAAGUUUGUGGAUCUGAAAUAGUAAUUGAUGUAAUUAAUAUAUUUAAUUAUUUAAUGUACAAGAACAUUGUCUCUGGUCAAUGAAUUCCACAUUUGAUAUUUCAGCACUCUCUGUUUUGUAUAGUUUAAUUUUAACCUCAUGCUACUUAAAUGUAUUUACAAAGUUAUUUUAAUUUAUUUUAUAUUGUGCUCAAAACAGUUUACUUAUUAUUAUUUUUACUUAUUUUGUGUGAGCUAGCGGCUGAAUGACGGGCUUUGUAUGCAUGUAGUAGUGCGUUGGAGUCCAAGCUAGUACCACUUAAUUAAUUAGUAAAAUAUUGUUUAAUGUAUUUUAAUGGCCUGACAUUUUAUUUAUUUACAUCAAAAGGUUUGUAACUGAAAGAUUAAAAAAGUCUAUUAACUUCGAAACUAUACACCAAAGAAUAUUUUCUUUGCUGCUAAGAAAAAAGUGUAUGGCUUCCUGUAACGUUGCAUUUAAUUUGCGACUUUACUCUUCUGGUAAUACAGUGCAAUGUCGCGUAAAUUCAAAAUGAAUAAAUAGGAUUAUAAGUUUUUUCUGAAGCUCGUUCAUGCACAUCUAAUGCAAUUGUUUUAAAUCUUAUUUGCGUGUGUUCACUGCGUGAUAUUAACAUAUUUUAAGGCACUUUAUUUUUAAAAGACAUUUGUACACAAUUAUUUGCGUAUACCUACGUUAAUUAGUAUAUUAGUGUUUUGUUUUGUAACACAAUAAGCGUUAACACUCAACACUUGUGUGCAAGUAGUUAGUCAAUUUAGCUGAACAAAUCGCAUUGUAUGUAGCAUAUUUGUGUUGUUGUGUUUUAAAGGCGCUAACGUCUUAUGUUACCUAUUUAAAUUGACCAAUGUAUAUUGCGAAUCUUUACACAAAUUGACUGCUUAUUGCUAUGUACGUAAAAUAGGCUUUAGGUUAUUAUGUUUACAAAUAAAGUCAUUUUUGUUAUAAUUGUCA